AUGGAAGCCGUCGCCCCUUCCGUUGGCACUUCUGAGCAGCAGCCGCCGCGCUCACCUUCUCCGGAACAGAAGGCACCUAUAUCUCAAGAACCAGGCCCACGCGCGCAAGCCUUGAACAAUAUAUUCACGACCGCGCUCAGUCAUACCACUUCCACGUGCUCCUACGCGCAUUUUUCCUCUUGCUUCCCAACUGCUGCGCGGUAUAAUAAGCCCUUGCUAGAGAGUGUAUGGCGGCAAGUGCAGAAUAUGGUCGAAAGCCGAUCCCGACGGGAGUUCGAGCAAAUACUCUUGGAGAAAGAUGUUGUAAAGGACUUGAAUGACCUGGAUAAGUUGAUUGGCGAGGCGAAAGUCAGAAAGGAGAGGGCAGAACCAGCCCUAGAGCAGCCGCUACAUGAAGUUCCUCCCACACAGCUUUUUCUAGCGCACCUUGCCCCAUCUUUACAAGGAGCUACGACCCAACUGGAAGCUGAGCUGGAAGGGCUGCAGCGAGAAAAUGAUGCACUAAUAGAGAAGAUGAAGGGACAGGAGGAGGAGGUCGAGGCCUUGGUACAAGGACUGGAGGCUGGGAUAAAAGAUCUCGGAAACACUAAUGAGAUAAUGGACGAAGCUGUCGAAGACGGUACGAUAAGACAGGAGGCUCGGGAGAUCCACUCGGAAGUUGCACGACGGAGAGGGGAAACCAAAAGUAGGCUAUGA